GGAAGUGACGUCACGAAGGCAGACUUCCGCUUCCGGUCGCUCUUUUCUCGGCGGCGAGGCGAGGCGGUGGACCGGUGCCAAAAUGCAGAUCUUUGUGAAGACGCUGACGGGCAAAACCAUCACCUUGGAGGUGGAACCCAAUGAUACUAUCGAGAACGUCAAGGCUAAGAUCCAGGACAAGGAAGGGAUCCCCCCCGACCAGCAGCGCCUGAUCUUCGCAGGGAAGCAGCUGGAGGAUGGCCGCACACUCGCCGACUACAACAUCCAGAAAGGUGCCGUUGCUGGGCCCGGUGUGGGCUCGCAGGGGGGUUCGGCUGCUUGUCGGUCCCCCCCCCCAGUGAUGUUUAUCUCCAUUUCAGAGUCCACCCUGCACCUGGUGCUGCGUCUGCGCGGGGGCAUCAUUGAGCCCUCCCUCCGGCAGCUGGCCCAGAAGUACAACUGCGAUAAGAUGAUCUGCCGCAAGUGCUAUGCUCGCCUCCAUCCCCGCGCUGUCAACUGCCGCAAGAAGAAGUGUGGCCACACCAACAACCUGCGCCCCAAGAAGAAGGUCAAAUAGAGCUGCUCUGCACCAGACUGUGCUCUCCUAAUAAAGCAUCUGUGUUCAAA